UCUUCAACAUAAAACAACUCUUCCCUUUUCAAUUCAUUCAUCACAAAAAAGCCUCUCAAAGUUCUCCUCCUUGUUCUUCCUAAAGAGAUCUUCAGAUUCUAGUCCACUUAUGGCGCUCGAGGCUAUCAGUUCACCGAGAUUAGCUUCUCCGGUUCCUCCUUUGUUCGAAGAUUCUUCAAGAUUCCAUGGCGUUGAGCACUGGACCAAAGGUAAACGAUCUAAACGAUCAAGAUCCGACUUCCACCACCAGAACCUCACGGAAGAAGAGUAUCUCGCUUUCUGCCUCUUGCUUCUCGCUCGUGACGGCGGCGAUCGCAGCAGCAACCGUAACCCUCUCCCUCUUCCUCCGAUGACGGUGGCUGAGAAGUCGUCAACCUACAGCUGCAGCGUCUGCGACAAGUCUUUCUCUUCUUACCAAGCACUCGGCGGACACAAAGCGAGUCACAGAAAAAACUUGUCACAGACUCUAUCCGGCGGAGGAGAUGAUCUAUCGACGUCGACCACAUCCGCCGUGACGACGGGAAGCGGGAAGUCUCACGUCUGCUCGAUCUGUCACAAGUCGUUUCCUUCCGGCCAAGCUCUCGGCGGACACAAGCGGUGCCACUACGAAGGGAAUAACAACAACAGUAGCAGCAGCGGAGUGGCUAACUCCGAAGGAGCGGGGUCCACCAGCCACGUCAGCAGCGGUCACCGUGGGUUUGACCUGAACAUCCCUCCUGUACCGGAGUUCUCGUCGGUUAACGGAGACGACGAAGUGAUGAGCCCGAUGCCGUCGGCGAAGAAGAAGCCCCGGUUUGACUUCCCGGAGGAAGCUUAAUUAGACGAUCGUAUUUUUUCAUGUGCUCUGUUUUUUGAGUUGUGUAGGAGUUUGUUGUUGGUUGUACAGACAAAAGUUUGGGACAUUGAUUCAUAAUCAUUCCCAGUCUUGUGCUUUACUCAGUUAAAAGUUAUUACUAGACUCAUUCUUUGUCAGAAUAGUUGUUUUCUUUUCAAUAUUUAAAUUGAUACAUGGUAUAAAGAUUUUUCAAUAUUAGUUUUGUUUGAAUAGUGUCA